CAAACAAGAUAGAAUGACAUGGUAUUUUAAUAAAAUUCGUAUAGCUCAAAUCACUGGAGAUCAGAAUAAGAUCUGUACAGAUGUUCAGUGUCCCCAGAGAUUCAGACACAAACUGAAUAUGACAGACAGAUCUCUUAUGAUCACAAACAUCAACACCACAGAUGCUGGAGUUUAUAAAGCAGAGAUCACCAGCCGUAAUAUCGCAAAGACCUUCAGUGUUACUGUCCAUGGUGUUUCUGCUGCUGAACGAGAUGAAAUGAAGAGAAAAUUAGUGAAGGAGGGAGAAUCUGUCACUUUACUUCCUGGUGUAAUAAAAACAAAUGAUACGAUCACGUGGUAUUUUAAUGACACUCGUAUAGACAUUAAUAGCUGUACAGAUGUUCAUUGUGUUGCUGAUAAGGAAUUCAGAGACAGACUGCAGCUGGAUAAUCAGGCUGGAUCUCUGACCAUCACAAACAUCAGAACCACAGACUCUGGACUCUAUCAACUACAGAUCAAUAGCAGCAGAAUCUGCACCAUAAAGACAUUCAGUGUUGCUGUCAUUAGACUGUCUUCAGCUGCUGUAGCAAGAAAACAUUAUGGUGCUGCUGCUGCUGUUCUGCUGUAUGUUGCUGCUGCUGUUUGUAUGAUUUACUAUCGCAAGCAUCAGAAAUUAUGAAAUGGUGGAUCAAGUUUUAGACUUGCCCCCUACUUUGACUCCCACUCUUUUGAAGAAGGCUCUUAAUGGGAUGUUCCCUAAUCAGACUGAUGCUACCAGUGAGAUGUCAGUGUAACAUACUUUUUUUUCAA